CGUUCGGCAAUACUGUACGAACUCCAAACGUUGGAGCACGUCUGGAGCUGACGGGGAAUCUAUUUCGGGAUCGCGGCCUCAUGCUUCUACUUACCCAAGCGAUCGGCUCUUUGUCUUGAUUAAAGUAUUUACAUCGGUCAUUGCCUAUAUUAAAAUCGCGAGUUCCUUAUAAAAGUAUUCCAAAAUGGGAAAUAUAUUCAGUGGUGCUCCGACAGGAGAGAACGCUUCAGUCGCGAGUGAUAAAAUCAAAAGUGAUCCUGAGAUAAUGGAAGAUAUUAUUGAAACUGGUCAUAAAUACAACACAGAAGAAUUACGUGAUACAGAGAGCGAUGACGACAGUAGAGCUAAAAGGAAAGAAGAAGAGAUGAAAGAAUUUCGAAAACAAUUGAAUAUUAAACGUGAACAAAGAAGAGAAAUAUUGUCAAGACAUAGAAACGAGAAGAAAGAAUUGGAAAAAUCUUUAAAGAAUGAAAUCGUGUUAAAAAUAGAACUAGCAGAACAAAAUAAAUUUCUACGUGACUUGUUAAAUAAAAACAAUAUCGAAAUACCUGAAGAGCUUGAUGCUUGUAAAGAGAACAUAAAUGUUGGAGAAACUGUUUUGCAAAUGAAAGACGAGUUAGAAAAAAUAAAAUCCAAUAACAACAAAUUAAGAGUUCAACUAGCCAUGACAAAUAAUGCUUUACAGAAUGCUUAUUCAGAUAUGACGGAACUAAGCGCACAGAAUACGGAAUCUUUUAAACAAAUUAAGUCACUCAAAGAAGUUAUAACAGUUAGCAAAACUAUGAUCAACUUGCGAGAAGAACAGUUGAAUGAGUUAAAGAAGAAAUUAAAGGAAAUAGAGCAGUCACUUGCUGAUAGAGAGACACAUAUGCUGUCCGCAGAUUUGAGACAGGAAUAUGAGCGUCAACUGCAAAAUAUCCGUACAUUGCGAGGCCUCUACGAAGAAAGGGCACGACUAGCUGAAGUGACUAGGCAAGCUCUAUCUAGAGAUCUUCAAGAACAAAAAGAAUUGCACCAGGCAGAAGUUAAAAAGUGUCAAGACUUGUCUGUAAAAGUAGAAGAACUUGAGUCUACUGUUAAUGCAUUAGAAGAGCAAAUUAAAGAGAAAAUAAACGAGAUAGCUUCUUUAAAGAACGAAACAUACGGUCUAAAAGCAGAAAUGGAAGUAGUCAAUAAGCUAUUCUCCCAAGUUCUUCUAGGAUACAAAAAUAAACAAGAUUUAGAUAAGCUUGUCAAUCGUCUAGAAGAGAAUCACGGUAUCCUCACACAAAUGGCAGAACAAGAGAAUGGAUCUGAAGCUUCGUCAGCAUUACCCAAGCUUCUCCUGCAGCUGGUCAGCCAAGUUGAGGAAACUGAUGAAAGUAAAUCUAAAAUAUCAGUUAAUACCGAAGAAGAAACUGUCAAAGAAAACAUUCAAGGUGUAUCAGAUACGCAAAGUACAGAAAACCCCAAAGCAGAAGAAAUUGUACAAAAUCUUCCUAAAGUUUGGAGAGUAUUAAUUGAGCUCUUGAGUCAUCAAACUGAACCACAAUCAAAUGACGAUGUUAAAGUUUCGUCUUGCUAUAAAUCAGUGGAGACGAAAUCAGGACCCGUAUUGGUGCCGAGUGUUAGCCAAACCUACAUAAGAUUAAAGGAUUUAAUAAUUGAAAAGCUUGGUUUAAUCAAAGAAGUUAACCGAAUGAAACAACUAAAUGGACACUUAGAAACUCGCUUACAAGAACAAGAAAGAAGAUUAUGUCUCGUGACUACUGAAUUAAGCAAAACGUGGCAUGUAGUAGGCCGUUUAAGGAAACAUCACCAUCAAUUACACACUCAUGAAAAAAUACUUAAAUACGAGUUACAACAAAAACGAAAACUACUGAACGAACUUAAGGAAGAACUGGAAUAUUGUCGUGAAAAGUGGAAGCAAGCCCGAGAAAAAAAUUCUCAGUCUGAAAAUGACUGGAAAAACCUUCGAGCCGAGUUUUCUAGUCGUAAAACUAAAUCCGUCUCGACGUUUAUGAAUAAUUCUGCUGAAAGUGGAUACAGUGACGAAAGACCUUCCGACGAAUCUUCCGAUUCAAAUGAUGAAAGUGAAUAUGUAAAGGAACCACAAGUAAGAUGCAGGAAGAAAAUGAAGAAGUCAAUCGAAGUAGGAGUAGAUUCAAGCGCAGACUUUAAUUUAGCAGCUGAAAGAGAAGACCCUGCCAGUGAUAUGUUAGAUGUUGCUGAUCUACCCUUGGAUAAUCAGGAGCCAGGACCCAUAGAAGUAUCCGAUUCAUCUAUACACUUGGAUGAAUGUGAAAAAAUAUAUGCAGAAACAGAAGACGAAAUAGGUGAUAUUGGUAAUGAUUCUUGUAUAGAAGAAAUUUCCUUAGCAGAACAUGGUGUUAACAAUCAAUCUUGUGACGAUGACUCCGAAAACGUAGUUAGUAUCGAUACUGGCAUUACUAGCCCCGAAAAUGUUAUACCUGAUAAAGCAACUGAAAUGUACAUUUUAAAUGAUAAUGCAGAACAAAAUGUAAGCUUAGAGAUGCGCCAAGAUAGGAUCUCACUUUCGAAACAGACUGAAUUAACAUCUUAUAUUGAUAAGCAGAUAAAAAGUCCAAUAAACUAUACCAGCGGUCCUUCCACGUCAAGUGAACACGCCAGUAGUAGUUUUAAAGAAAAUCAGAGCAACUUAUUAGAACAUACUGAUAACAAGGAUCAUCAAUUAAAUUCACCUACAGACAAAGAAAACGAGGUGAAUCUAAACGAAGUUUCAUCAAGCGACUUAAAAGAAACAGAAACUACUUCAAAUCCAUCCGUAUACGAAAACAGAGAUACUUCGGCGUCUUUAGAGCCUUGUAUUGAUUUUAAGGCAAUCUUAGAAAAUAUUAAAAAACAGGAUGAACGUCUCGCAAACAAAGAUCGAAGGCUCCAAAAUUUAGAAAAUGGAUGUUCCGAUGUAAUUAAGAGUAUAACAAAUACUCUUCAAAUGAGUGAUUCAAUUUCAGAUAAAUUACAAACUCUACAUAAGGAAUCCACCAAAUCAUUUAAUACUCAACCCAGUGGAUCUGCAACUGAGAGUCGAGAAAGCUCUACAGAAUCUUUAGAAAAUAAACCAGAAGCAUCGACAUCUGAAGUGGAUCACGAGGCAAUGUUUGCGGCUCGAGACGAGCGACUUAAAAGAUUAGAAGAACAAACGAAAUCUUUGGUAAAAAGUGUUAAUAAAACGGCUACAAAAGGUGUUAAAAUCAACUACAAGUUACAGGAACUACACAAUAUAUACGGUUCUGAAACAUCACGUGCUGGAACACCCUCCGAAGACAACGAAGACGAUUCUCAAGGUAGCAGUCAUGAGAAAGAAAACGAAAAGCAAUAAAUUAAUUAACUUGUGUUAUAUUCUUAUUUAAUUGGUUGGUUA